GUUCGAUAAGUCAGGCGCCUUCAACGUGGACAGCCCGCUUCAGCAAGUAGCACAAAACUCCUGCUGCGAAGCGCGUCAGCGUUUGAUCACGAAAUCAACGCUUAAUUCUUCAGAGUGUUCCUCAGCAUGGCAUCUUCCGAGACGACAAAAGCUUUAAUGACGGCCGUUUCCUAGGCGCCACUUGCGGCGCGCACACGGACACGCAUACUAUCUCAUCAGUACCUCCUCGCGGACCGUCCUCACCGCGAAUUUGACGAAUGUCUUCACAUUCAUGACGGACGUAAUACAGAUCGGGCGGAUCCCUACGCGCCGGCAAUUCCUUGACUGCAUACGAACCUCAUCGUACAUAUACGGCAUCUGGAGAGCAUGGGGCGACGGAAUGGCCUCUAUAAUCACAUGCAUUGACGGCGUUUUUCAAUGGGAGCUGGACAAGGCGGUCAGUUCUGGAGGGAUUGAAGCAACCCGCGAACGAGAGAUCAAGCACAACAAGAACAUCAAGAAACAGCUUCAUCGACUACACAUAUCCUCUUUGUGAUACUUUCCUCAUUUGUCAGCUUCCGAUGAUCCCAAGUCUCGCACAGCUGCGUGACAGGAGUCGUCCUACACUUCUUGCAUUUUGGCCACACCUGCGUUGGAUGGAAGGAAUGAGCACAUCCGCGCCGGGUGGAUAAGCGCGUGCAAGAGGCGCCAGCAAGCAGUGUAUUGGUAUUGUCUAAAUGAACAGCUGCGGUGGAGAGGUUGUUGCUACGGGGCAGCGGAUAAGAAGUGCAUGCAAAGUGCGUGCAAAGUGAGCAUGUGUCGAGGGUAGAGAUAGUCGGAAAUAUACGAGACGAGUUUCACACGGUCG